UAAGUAUAAAUCCAGCUGUGGCUUGGAGAGGGCAUCAUAUUACAGUUGGUGUGGAGAGAAAAACAAGCUGACAAGACGAGUGAGAACAUUCAACUUGUCCGUAGUCAUCUGAUGUCGCUAUUCUCCUCCACAGUAAAGAUGCUGUGGACUCUGUUGCUCCUCUCUCUGAUUGAUUUCACAGGAGGCACAUACUUAAAUGACAAUGGCACAGCUAUCUGCAACAACACAGCAAACAGCACACUGAAAGGGAACACAACUCAGUCAUCAAGCUACAGUGAUGGAAAAAUCACAUUGUACUCUGACAGAGCUAUUGAUGGGAAUAUGACGACUUGUGCUCACACCUCUGAGAUGGUCAACUCCUGGUGGAGAAUUGACCUGCUGGGUGUCUACAAUAUUUCCUGUAUCGCUAUCUACAACAAGAAUCAUGGCAAUGCUAAUAUAAAGGGUUCUCAGAUCUUCAUUGGGAACUCUCGUGAGAUCCCUCCUCUCAUGAGCACUGACACCAACACGCAUGUAAAGAUCACGAAAUUCACAAUGGGCAGUUACAAUUGCUUUAAUUUUAAUGGAGAAGCGGUGGGACGCUAUGUGACUGUGUUAACACCAGGAUCACAUUUUACAGUUCUGUGUGACGUGAAGAUCUGGGGCAGCUUAAAAGAAUCACCUUUUGUACUGAUCAACCAGAGUAAGACGUGGGAAGAGGCCCUGCACUACUGCAGGGACAAUGACAUGGACCUGGCUUCCAUCCUUGAUGAAAAGGACCAGGUCUGGGCUGAGCUGGAGGCCAAAAAGGCCAACAGUCCCCAUGUGUGGCUGGGCCUACGCUAUACCUGCACCCUGGACUUCUGGUUCUGGAUUGAAGAUCAUGACUUAAACUACAAUUGCUUCAAAGGCGAAAAAGUCAAUGAGUGCGGCAUGAGUGUUGCCAUGGACGUAAAAGGGGAACAUUUCUGGUCCAGCAAGCCUGACACUGAGAAAUUUAAUUUCAUCUGUACAAAGAAAGAGAAUUGAAGGUUUUGUUUUGCUGGUCCUUUAAUUUGGACAUGUGGCAAUGGCAGCAUUGUUGUGUUGUGAUGAAUUCUCCUCUAAUAUGUGUCUUGGGUGUUGGGUCCAGGCAGCAGCUGUCCAGAUAAAAGAGAUGGGAUAAAGCAAAGAGCUGUUCUUCUCUCACCUGAAGCAUAAACUGAUAUAAAUAAAUAAAUAAAUAAAAAACUGUUUGCUGUUUUAAUAACUGCAAGUUUGUUAAGACUUUUGCUCCCACUAUUUUGAAAUGUAAUCACUGAUGUUAGGUUAUUAAGAAAAGUUUUUUAUUCUACUCAUGAAAAUGGAUCAUUGGCAUUUGAACCGGCUAUCCACAUGUUGUUGAUUAAUUCUGAUAUGAAAAAACAUACUAAUUCAGAAAUGUUUGUGAUGUAUCUCAAAUUUACAGAAAUGGAAAAUUGCUCUUCAUAUUAAAUACAUUUAUGUAUUUUGUAUACCUUAGCUGAUAUAAAACACUCUGAUUUACAGCCUUCAUUAUUUAUUUUUGUUUGAAUUGCAUUUUCUGUGUGUUUUAUUUCCUCUGAAUGUAUAGAAAAUACAUUACCUAUAUUAAGCUCGGCUUAUAUUCAUGUGUGGGUUGACUUGGGCACUGUGAAGACAAAUUUGCCUUUCUCGGUGCAUGUUUUUGUUAUGUCAAUAUCGAGUUAAAUAAA